CUCGAGGCCAUGCACCGCUGGACGUUGAUUAUACCGCCACGUGAGGGACUUUUGGCCUUGUUCUAAGCGAGCGUUCGAAAUGGGCACAGCAGUGGACCAGAAGGCUGGCCGUUUCAUCUCAUGUGGAUGCUUGUGGUGUACAGUAUCUGUUCGUGCAUUGCUCAGUUGAUGAGUGUAGUGACUCCCGGGAGGAAUCGUCCCGUACUGGUGUACAGACUAACAGCAAGCUCGGUAUACCAUUGGCAGGGUGAUAUGCAAGCGUUUGCACCACCGUCCUAAAGGUACGCGGUGGAUGACCGCCAAUUCCCUGUUCCAGCAUCGCCAUCUAGUCCACAACAGCUGCAGGUGCUGUAAUUGGGCCAGGGAAAGUUUUCAAGAUCGACCAGCACGACGGCGAUCUACAUGAUUGUCCACGGCAGAGUUCGAGUCGACUGGCUCGCUCCAGUUCUCCCCUCCCCUCCGGAACUCGCUAAUUAGUUUCUAGCGAAAGCGAAAACCAAACAUGCAAGUGUGGAGAGGGGAAACGGCUGGCCAGGUCUAUCGUAAGGGAAGUUAGGUUUAGUCGGCCCCAACAGGUUGUGUUUGGAAAACAGGAAUGGAAGGAGGAGUCAACCGGAUUCUGGCUACACUAGGAACGCACUGCAGCAUCCCUUACUUCAGCUGUUCGGGCGGUCAGUGGUGUCCCUUUGACCGUGAUGGCCAGAAGUUUUGCAGCCGUCCCAGGCCUCCUCAAAUGGAGUCGCGUCUUCGCUGUUGCGUUAUACCGGUGUUACUGCCCGGCCUUGUUUCUCAGCAUCUCCCACAAAACUGGGCCAUGCAGCAUACUGCCAGUGGGGCUGACACUGUUUGGUGGUGGAUUCGUGCAACUAUGCAAGGAUACUGCAGUAUCAAGCAGCACAUAUGAGCCCUGAGAGCUGCGGAACAAGAAGUCUGUCAUGGUGCGCCACAUGAACAGGAAAAGUAUAGUAGAGAGCCUUCCACAGCAGUAUCCUAUGUUAAGCGAGACGGGGCGCAGCAACCUGUGCGUGUACAACUGUAUCUUGUGACCCAUAACGCGAUGCAAACGAGGGCCCCGGUUGGGAGGGUCAAACGGGUUUGCGAGAUAGACGAGAUUUCGACGGUUGACCAGAAGGUGCUUUUGGAUACUACGAAAAGUACCUUACCCGAGAUACAACGAUACUGUAAUCUUGGUAACAGUGGCAGCGAAAGAGGAGCCGCCAGAAGGGGAGGCGAAACGAAGAGGACGGGACGAAACAAAACCUCACGCCACGUCGAGGAGGGCGAAUUGUGCUCCAUCCAAAGAAGGGUCUUUUCGGAGGGGUCGCCAGCAGCGCACGCGGGCAUCGCAACCAACACCAACAGGACCGGGUUUUCAGUCUUGCAAAAACUGGGAGAAAAGAAUGGGGAAUUUUUUACCGGUCGCUACGCUGUAAAGCCUUGCGGUGCAGUGGGUGGGCAGGUGAUUUUCUCUAUAUCAAACUCUAAAAUGACUCGUGGAAGUUUACCAGCACCACCAUCGUCUACGACUAGUCUCAUCGCUGCUUCACUUUGACGACCGCUUGAGAUCUCACCUCACACACAUCACGCAGUAUGCUGCGCUACAUCUCUGCAACAUUGAAUCAAUACCAAAAAGUGUCUGCUUUCUUUCAUCCCACUUCCACUGCCCACCUCCUAGCCCCAUGUACAUUGUCCUGUACCAUGUUCCGGUCGGAAAGCUCUCAAAUGGGGAAUUUCGGGACGACUCCAAUCCACCCCUCGAUGGAGUAGAACAGUAAUAAAGGAAGGUAUGUGGACGGGCUACUGACUACCGGUGCUAGUACCGUACAGGCACAAUCUAAUCGACAGGUUUGUCAAUGGUCAAUAGUAACACCCUAUGACACGGCGCGGAAGCUCCGACUAGAAGUUUAGGGCUCGCCUAGUCCGGCCCGAGAGCGCGGGUUUGGCCAAAGGAGACGAGUCAGGGUAAAGUACAGUACCUCCGCGGAGUGCAGCGUGCAGUGCUAAGGUACAGUUGUACGGCAAGCCUGAGACACAACACACAAGUCCUUGUCAGAUGGAAAGCACAUUGUGCUACUAAUCAAUUGUGGGAUCGUCUUGGAUCGUGUGAAGAUCGCCCAAUUGGGAUGCCUGGAAAGUACUGCGACAAGAAUAAAAGAAAGGCCCAAUGGGACGUUGCCAUGCACUGGCCAGACGGCACUGUGGUAUGUACUACGCACUGUAUACUGAGGUAAAGUAGGUACGAACCAAUUCCUCUACGUCUGGUCCAAUCGAUUGGUCUGCCGAGUACCGAUUGAACGAGAGCACGGUAUCGGAGAUGGCGGAGCACGACAUCGACUGUACCUGCUAUAGUGGUGGUGGUGGUGGUGGUGAUUGUGGCGACGGCGACGGCGAUGGUCCUGACUGUGGUAAUAAUUCUGUCUGUUCUGUUGGCCGAGUCAGAAAUCUCUGAUUCGCAACACUGGCAUUUCUGACUACUAGUGCCUACAGACUACUAACCCGGUAGUCCUGGAUGGAGCCGUGUUAUCACUGGCAGGUUUAUGAUACAUAGUCGAUACGCACGCACACCGAUUACAGCACGUCCUGCUACUCCUACGGUGACCAGUACAGAGUACUACUGUACAUGGAUAGGAUCUAAGUACCUUAGAUGCUACUCGAAUGCUCUUUCUUGUGAUUUAUUUGACGAUCUGUCAAGAUGCAGUACUGUUUAGAUGGCGCAGGAACUCUCCUACCCAGUCCACGGAAUUCCAAGCCGGCCAAAAGGAAGUUUCCAGGUAAAGCAGGUCACAGGGUUUCAGCGCGUCCGGCGCGGAACUUGAACUGUCGCGACGACAAGCGAGAGUCCACUAUUUGCUUGGAUAAAUCAUGAAGCCAUGCCAUGUGUCUUUCAUCAACGUAGGACCGAUGACUGGACUAACUGUAGGCGAGAUCUAAUCGGUUACAAGAAGUGCAGAGUGGUGGAGAGGCCUGUGGACUCGGACUCGGAUCCAUUAUUGUCUUGCCCUCCAGGCACGGAGCAGCUGGUCUGAUUACAUACCGUAUGAAAUUCGGCGCAAAAUAACUCCACCCAAGUGUCCGUUACUAGUGGUAGAAUAGCAUCGUGACUCCAUCUUUCUGGAUUCACUCCUAUGGGAAAGGCAAGAGAGAGACAUUGCAAUGCAGCAAGGCCAUCGUGGACAUCUUAUGAGAGACUGAUGACCCUUCUCGCCGUCGUGUUAGUUCUUCCGAUACCGUGGGAAUUGGGAUUGGGACCACAUUUCUUGUGUUCCCGUUCUGCUUUGCCUUGCCUCCACGAGAAAAAGAAAAGCUGCCUGAAACAACAGAGUCAUCCCUGAUAUCUUCUGAGCGUUGAUCAUGCGAGCAGAUAAGACAGCUUUUCUUUCAUAUACAGGUCGCCCUGAGAGGUAAGACGAGGUGGCAGUACAUGGAUGCAUAAAACAUACAACAGCUUGAAUUGCAGGAUCGAUUGGUUGACCAGUUCAAUCAUUCAUAGCUUUACCACCUCUCUAACCUUCCUGUCCUCCCCGACCACCAACCUGAGCUGCCUCCCCUUCCAGUCCUCCCGGGUGCCUUUAAAGACACCCUCGCGCAGGGUGUCGGUGUACAGCUCGUAGGCGGGAUAAUACCCGUCAACAAACUCCCUGACCUGGUCAUCAGUCAUGCCGGAACCGCGAGUCGCACGCAGACCAGCCUCCUGCUCCAGCCGCCAUUUAUACACGUACAGCGGAUCCAGAGCAUCGAUGUGGAUGAAAGCAUCGAGCUGCGUCGUGAGGGCGUCGUAAGAUUUCAAAGCCUCGUUGAUCGUCCGCACACUUUCCAAAGAAUUGUGGCCCAAACGGCCUUUGUACGUGUUAGACGGGGUGGAAUGAUGCAAAGCAUCCACGGCGGCGGCGUGUUUGGCGGCGAGGACCUCGUCCGACAGCGGGCGGAACCCCACACACCAGCCUUCAAAGAGGACCACGCGGACCUUUGGACUUGAAGGCCCGUUGACCUCGUCCCAUUCGCUUUCUGGCAGCCGGUCGCCCUGCCCGGAGAAGGCGGCCUUGUUGUACCGUGGGAUCUUGGUCGGUUUGUUCUGUUUCAGACUCGCAAACACCGACAACGCGAGCGGGAUGUCGUGUGUGGACGGUUGGCCCCGGUGCUGCAGUAAUGGGUUGUCACGGUGUUUCUGGGCCAGGGCCACCUGGUCCGCGUGCGUAAGGUAGAAGUCGUCGAGCGAGAAAACCACCGUCGGCAAAUUGUGCGGGGGUGAGCUCAGUGUUGAUUCCAGUAUGUCGACCAGAACCGUCUUGCCGGCGCCUUGCACUCCGUUCAACCCGAUGAAGAAUGGCGGCGCAUCUGGGUUCGUGUCGGACGAAUGUUGUUUUUGGUGUGCUGAUACUAAGGAUAAAAUAAAGGGCACUACGUACUGCGCCUUGUCGUCUUGGAUUGGAUUCUCGGGCAUUUUGAGUGCAAAGGCCAGAUGAUCAUUUCAUCACACCGAGGUCACUAAUGGGAUGAUAGCCGACAAUUUCUUGUGUGCAUAUGUCCGUGGUGGUGCUGUACGAUGUGGUCGAAGUACCUGGUAGCUACUGGUUCAGCCUUGGAGGUUCGGUUGAAGCUUUGCCGAAAUGGGAGGGACAAGAUGCGGACAGCGUCCCGAUCGGCAAUAUUGUUAUUUGCCUAGGUAUCAAUUCUUUUGUUUCUAGCUAUCGGUGCGUAUACUGGGGUAGAUCUGUAAACUUAGUACUUUAAUCUAUACUUGAUAGGCACAUCUGUAUCUGCUGGUUGUUCCGUUACUCGGUCAAGGCUGAGUGUUGUUCCG